UCGGGUGCAUCGACAACAUGAUGAAGAAUUUUGCCUUAGUGUUAAUACUGGUUGGAAUCGUUACUUGUGAAGAUGAAUCGACCUCUGCAACAAUUGCUGGCAUGACUGCCGCAUCAAACUCUGAAACGCUUGAAGAUAUAUCCAAAGAUUUAAAAAACACUGAACUUGAUCUUCGAAAAUUGCGGGAAAUAAAUAAAAUUGAAAAAGAUCUUAUUGAUGAGGCACUUUCUGCAUCUGAUCUGGUAACAGUUAGCUUGGUUCUAUUGGAAGCGCAGAUAAGAAUAAACGAAUCCAAUCUUAAAAUGGAGUUAUUGUCAAAAGCAACAAGUGAAAUGGCUCAAGAAAUAGACUCCCUUAUCAACGCACAGUGAAGAUGAAUUAUUAGAGAAAUGAUUAUCAUCAAAAUUUGCAUUAUAUGAUUGGGAAUCAACCUCGUUAAUUUAAUUUAGUUAGAGAA